CAUCCAUCUUGUAUCCUGAUGCAGUUACACCAGGACGUGGAGUAAAGACACCUUCAAAUACAAACACUGGCAGACUGAGCUUCCCUGGAAAUUGAUCUUCAAUGUACUGAUGAGAGGAGACUCUCAUACCAGACGCAUCAGUGGAAAAAUGAGCCGGAGCCACCCUGUUAGGCUUCUGUUUAUGAUCAGUUUGGCAUUACAGAUCAUCCAUUUGGGAAACAGCUAUCAAAGAGAGAAACAUAAAGGCAGUACAGAAAAAAUCAACAACGCCACAGCUCAGAAGCUCCAGCAGGAAACAUUCAACUGGACUUGGAAUAAUUUUAGGGAGGUGAAUGGGAGCGCGGAGUACCGGAUGUCGCAGGACUCGCUUCCCCACUCCCGGGCUUUCCAAGAGCGUGCGCCCCCUCGGCCGCGCUGCUGCAAGAACGGCGGUACCUGCGUGCUGGGCAGUUUCUGCGUGUGCCCUGUCCACUUCACUGGCCGAUACUGCGAGCACGACCAGAGGCACAGCGAGUGCGGUGCUCUAGUGCAUGGAGCCUGGACUUUCCGCGGCUGCCGGCUAUGCAGGUGCGUCUUCGGGGCAAUGUACUGCCUCCCCAGCCAGACACCCGGCCGCUGCGACCUCAAAGACUUUCUCACCUCACAUUCGAAUGGACUAACUGCUAAGUGCCUGCUGAGUUUUCUCACCGUCCUGCCCUGCUUCCUCCUGCAAUGCCUCAUCAAUGAAGGGGAGAUUGCUGAUUGGCCUGCAAGGAUAACCCACAGUCCACACCCACAGGACCUCAGAGUCCCUGGCUCCUAGGAAAGCCAGGAGCUUGUAUAUCCUCUUUAUUUUUAUGUAGUAAGUAAUAGAUUUGUUUCAUUUCCUAUAAACUGAAGCAUGAGGUGAAUAUUUUUA